UCCCUGGCCGCUGCAUCUCUCGACACCAGGUUCUCCGUCCUCUCCAUCAAUGACAUAAAUCAUAAUCGCGACAAAGUUCUAGCUGUGAAGCCUAAGGGACCCGAGGAAUCGAUCAUAAGUUUGAUCUCUGUUUUCAAGUACACCAAAACAGAGCAGCGGCAACUCAUGCCCAAAGUUAUCGCCGACGGUCGUUGGCCCUCCUCACCUCUUAUAUGGCAGUGCUCCAAGAAAUAGGUUUCCCCCGAAUCAGAUUCGCGCUCCAAGUAUAAAUAAUUCGCGAUUUUUUUGCGAAUUACCCGUAAAACGCGUUUUGCCGCUUUAGAGCGGGAUUGUGGGACCUAAACCCACGAAUUGGGUGACCUAAGUCUCAACCUCGUCGACAGUCCUCUCUCGACUCGCCGGAGCUUCCACAGUUUCGCCGGGAGUUAUGCUGACUAUACCCAGAGCAAUCAGGGCAAUCCACACAAACGUCGUUGCUCCGCGGCUUACCAAAUUCACUCUUCGAGCGCCCAAGAGGGUAGAGGUGGAGUAUGGCAAUGGUGACAAAUUCAGCCUGUCAGCUGAAUUCCUAAGAAUACACAGCCCAGCUGUGGAUGGCAAACUUAGAUCCAUUGGUGGUGAGAAGUCUCCAUUUCCAUUGAUUAGUACUCCUGAUCGUUGUUCGUCAUAUCAACAGGUGAUAUCAGGGCGGCGUCACGUGGGAAUCAUGUCUGCAGAACCUGUAGGAAACUAUGGGAUAAGAAUAGUGUUUGAUGAUUUGCACAAGACUGGAAUCUAUACAUGGGACUAUUUCUUUCACCUUGGGAGCAAUAAGUUCUCUCUCAGCAAAGACUAUAUCAGGACACUGAAGAGGCAUGGACUCAGUCGAGAUCCAGGUAGGAGAAGCUUUGCUGGCUGUUCAUCGUCAGCAGCAUCAUCCUAAGCUGACUUUUGAUUCAUUUGAAUAUGGAAGGUAACACUUCUGAAAGCUUGGUCCAUGGACUGAAAGUUGUCGAUUUUUGAAGGUCUUCUCACUUAUCAGCACCAACUUGACAGCAGUGCUUGAUACUUUCAAACCCACCAUCUGGUUCUGUAUCAAAUGUUUCUGUAAAGGACAGUUGUAUCAGAAGGCAGAAUGGCUUGUUUCAUGGGUUGUCCUCUCAGUUAGUCAAACUUGUAUGUGGCAUGUACCAUUUAUGAUAAGAAGAACUAAUCCAAUUGUGCUUCCUUUGGGGAUGCAUUCGUCUGACUUUACGUAUAGUCCAUUAUUAUGUAGUGAAGAUAUUGGCGUAUACAGUUUUCCUUCU